AUGUUUAACAAAUGGAAACGUGCCAAAGAUCAAUAUCCGUCGCAGCCUGCGCAACCAUCAUUCCCCAUGCCGCCCCCAGGUACAUCCGGAUACCCCUACCAAUACGGGUAUAACAACACAGCGGCGCCACCGCCAAUCCCACCCCGCCCAUACAACCUCUCACCUGCAGUUCCGUCGUACCCCAUCGCUGCGGACCCCAACAUGUCGGCCGGCAACACAUCACGACCAUAUAUCAAUGCUGUUUACUACCCUAACUGGCGAGUCUACAAGCAGCUUCCCCCAUCGAAACUGCAGAUCAACAACAUUACGCACGUCUUUUACGCUUUCAUCGGUGUCAAUAAAGACGGCACGCUCAAGCACUUUGACGAGUAUGCCGAUCUGCAGAUCGAAGCCGACGGGGUCUCCGGGUGUCUUGCCGCUGUGGGCAAGCUCAAACACCAGAACCCACAUCUCAAGACCAUCGUAUCCCUGGGCGGCGGUUCCGGCAGCGCCGAGUUCCCCGCCUUGGCAACCAACCCCCGUGCUCGGGAUACGCUAGCACGAGCCACGCGCCAGUUUGUGGACCAGCAUGGCUUCGACGGCGUGGACAUCGACUGGGAGCAGCCGUCCAACACGAACGAGGGCGAAGCCUACGUGGCCCUGUUGACGGCUCUGCGUCAGCACCUCCCCGCCCCGCGGUACCUGUUGACGACGGCGCUGCCGUGCGGCGAGUGGGCGCUGCAGCACAUCCCCCUCGGGCGGGCGGCGCCGCUCCUGGACAUGCUCAACCUGAUGAGCUACGACUUCUCGGGGCCCUGGGCCAAGGUGUCGGCGCACCACGCCCAGCUGCGCCACCCGCAGCCGGCACGCCUGCCGCCCCAAGCCGACGGCUGCCUGCGCCUGUCGGCCAUGCAGGCCGUGUCGUACCUGAUCGUGCACGGCGUCCACCCGGGCCAGAUCGUGCUCGGCGUGCCUGCGUACGCGAGGUUCUUUCGCGGGGCGAGGGCGCUGGGUGCUGGCUUCUCCGAGGCGGGCGAGGUGGACUACAACGAGCUCCCCGCGUCGGAUUUGGACAGGGCCAUGGUCGACCCCGACCUGUGCGCCGCCUGGUACCUGUGUGAGGGGGAGGGCGGCAGAGGGUUCGUCAGUCUGGACACGGCGGCUACGGUGCGGCUCAAAGCGGGCUACGUGAGGGCCAACGGCCUCGCGGGUUUGUUUUACUGGCAGGGGGUAGGGGACGUGAGCGAGGGACCGAAAAGUUUGGUAGCCGCCGGGAUGGAGGGAUUGAGAGGUUUUGGGGGCUAG